AGUCACUACCCUGUACUCAUUAAUAGAAAUCUCUCAAAAAUGCUGUCUCGCCUCGUUCGAACGUCGAUAGCCGCCGCGACCCAGCUAUCAACUAAAACAGCAGCCUUGGCUACGGUGGCGGAGCCUUUAACCGAUGAGGGAAACACUGUUUCUUCCACUAGUACUAAUCGUACCACUGCUGGCGGCAGGGACACUUUGGGGCGGCGGCUUUUAGCUCUGGUGUAUAUGAAGCGCAGCGCCGUUGUAACGAUACGGAAGUGGAAGGAGGAAGGUCAUGUCGUCCGAAAGUACGAGCUCAAUCGUAUCAUUCGUGAGCUACGAAAGCUUAAGCGUUACAAACAUGCUCUUGAGAUUUGCGAGUGGAUGAGGAUACAGGAUGAUAUCAAGCUGGUACCCGGGGACUAUGCUGUCCAUUUAGAUUUGAUUGCAAAACUUCGGGGUAUAAACAGUGCAGAGAAAUUUUUUGAAGAUCUGCCUGAUAAAAUGAGAGAUCAAGCACCUUGUAGUGCCCUUCUUCAUACCUAUGCACAGCAUAAGGAAACAGUGAAAGCAGAGGCUCUGAUGGAAAAAAUGUCAGAAUGCGGUUUCUUGAAGAAUUCUCUUCCAUAUAACCACAUGAUAUCUCUAUACAUCUCUACUGGGCAAUUGGAGAAGGUUCCAGAUAUGAUUAAGGAGUUAAAGAAGAAUGGUUCACCUGAUGUUAUCACAUACAACUUGUGGUUGACAGUAUGUGCUUCGCAGAACUAUAUUGAAACUGCUGAAAAGGUUUUUCUUGAGCUAAAGAAGGCAAAAGUAGAUCCAGAUUGGGUAACAUAUAGCACAUUGACCAGCCUCUACAUCAAGAAUUCACUCAAGGAAAAAGCGGAGUUUGCUUUGAGGGAAAUGGAGAAAAAGGUUUCUAGAAAAGUCCGAGUUGCUUAUGCAUCCCUGAUUAGUUUGCAUACUAGCCUGGAAAAUAAAAAUGACAUCCACCGCAUAUGGAAGAAGAUGAAAUCCACUUUCCGCAAGUUGAAUGAUGUUGAAUACACAUGUAUGAUUACUUCCUUACUGAAACUCGAACGAAUUGAAGAAGCUGAGAAACUUUACAAGGAAUGGGAGUCUGUUUCUCCAACCAAGGAUUCAAGGGUUCCGAAUUUGCUUAUUGCUACUUACAUCAGCAAGAAUGAAAUGGAAAAGGCUGAGGCUUUUCACGAUCAGAUGGUAAAGAAAAGCAUGGUAUCAGGUUAUACCACUUGGGAGCUUCUUACUUGGUGUUAUUUGAAAAAAGGACAGAUGGGAAAAGUUCUUGAUUGUUUCAAGAAAGCUGUUGGUUGUGUGAAAAAAUGGAAUCCAGAUGAAAAGAUGUUGCAAGAGGUAUUUAGGAUUGUCGAAGAGCAUGGCAGUGUUGAGGGCGCAGAGCAAUUGAUAAUUACUCUUCGGAGUGCCGGCCAUGUAAAAACAGAGGCUUAUAAUUCUCUUCUGCGAACUUAUGCAAAAGCUGGUAAAAUGCCACUUAUAGUAGCAGAGAGGAUGAAAAUGGACAAUGUAAAGUUAGAUGAGGAAACUCAGAGACUUCUAGAGCUAACGAGCAAAAUGAGCGUUGGUGAACUUCCACACACUCUCUCUUAAGAUGAUAUACUAAUCAAAUUGAUUGGGGUUGAAGUCCUAUGCAAACCAAUGGUUGGAUUGGAUUAAUGAUUUUUGAUUAAUUGUUUAUAACCGGUUUCAGCUGAAUCCAAACAACUAGUGUGUUAGAUUUGAUUUCAGUGAUGAUUUACACUCAGCUUUCACAGCCUAUCAACCAAGAGAUGUGCAAUGAAGAGGGGGUGGCUCUUGGAAAUCUUCAUCCCUGUCUAUUUUCAUCUGUGAAACAGUGAAAGGGAACUGUGUGAGUUAAUCAAAUCGUUCAAUUAUCCUAAGUUGAAUUGUUGCAAUUUGUAAUAAGAAAGUAGUAAAUAAUGCCAGAUAUGAUGGAGAAACCUAACUGGGUAAAAAGUCCGGGACUAAGCCUAUUAUUUUCACUAUAGAUAAUAUGGAUUUACAGUUA